UACAAUGUUACGAAUCCACUGGGCCUUGCGCUUUGAAGUUCAGAGACUGUAUUUUGCAGUUAAAUCGUUGCACUAUUUUUUGCGAGCAGACGCGCCGCAACUAUCCAUCUACUAAACAAUUACGAACUAAGUACAUAGCACUAAUAAAUAAAAGCUCACCAAACCCUCACUAAAUACCAACUAUUGUAAAUUAUAAUCAAUGUAUGGAGAAAUAGCGAACAAGUUAAUACUCGAUGCCAAACGUACGCAGAAUCUCUCGGAAAUACCCCUAUAUCAAACUGAUCUAGUAAAGGAUAUCCUUAAAGAAAUUCAAGAUUUAAAUAAUGAUUCUGAAUACUUAAUAGAACAACAACAACAGUUGGAAGAAGAACCACUUACUGAAGAAGAAAUGAAAAUUAAUCAAUGUCAAAUAUUUGUAACUCAAUUAUCUAUGAGACGAAAUAAGCGAUGUUUACUUGCUUAUGAACGUUUAAGAAGUGAGAAAAUAGUGGAAUUCUCAUGGUUAAAUGUUAAUCCCAUAAUUGAUUCAUCAACUUCAACAUCAUCAGGUUCAGGUUCAGGUUCAGGGAAUAGUCUUAAUAAUUCCAAAUCAAAAUCUUCAGGUACGGAUUCAAAUUCAAUUUAUAAUAAUUAUACAACUCUGUUAACUAUAGAUAAUUUAAAUCAUGCUGAACAAGAUUAUUAUAAAGGAUAUCAAGAUUUAAUUCUUAAUUAUAAAUCUAAAUUUUCAGAUAUAGAUUUAUCAGGAGAUCUUGAACCUCCUACUAAUAUCUUUAUUGAUGUUAGAGUAUUAAAAGAUGCUGGAGAAGUACAAACUGAAUAUGGAUCAUUUAAUUUAAUUAAAGAUUCUCAAUUUUAUGUAAGAAAGUCAGAUGUUGAUCGAUUGAUUCAACAAGGUUAUUUAGAAGAAUUAUAAUAAUACAAUAUGUAGUUAGA